AUGAAUUCAAUCAACAAUACUCCCGAUGAUAUUCAACUAUUUCCAAUUGAAUAUAACAACAUUACUAAUUGUUCAUUUAUUUCAAAUAUCACAAAUCCAGAUAUUACAACUAAUCUUAUAACAAGUUGUUUAAUAUUAGCUACAGUAAUUAUAUUCUUUGGUAAUUUAUUAGUUAUUCUCUCUGUAGCUACUUCAAAUCGACUUAAACGCAUCUCUGAUCAAUAUAUUGCUUCAUUGGCAGUGGCUGAUUUGUUGGUAUCGAUUUUUGUAUUACCUUUUGCUAUUGUACGUCAAAAUCUUGGUUAUUGGCCAUUUGAAUCAGCAUUUCUAUGUGAAUUUUAUUUAUCCUCAGAUAUAUUCAUGUGUAUGGCAUCCAUAUUGAAUUUAUGUUGUAUAUCAAUUGAUCGUUAUAUUGCUAUUAGAUAUCCAUUGAAAUAUAUCACAGAACAAACACGUCAAUUAUCAUUGUUAAUGAUAACGCUGGCAUGGAUUAUACCAAGUUUUACAAUAUUACCACCAUUAUUCGGUAUAGAUAAACAUGUGACUGGAAUUGGUUGUUGUUAUAUCACAUAUAGUAAAGAAUUUCGAAUUUAUUCAUCAGUACUGGCGUAUUUUCUACCGAUUAGUUUAAUUGGCUAUACACAUAUACGUAUAUUUUAUAUAAUUCAAGGACGUUCUAAAGUAUUCAAACAACUAGAAGAGGAUAGUGCACAAAAACCAACUGAUCGAAUGAAUUUGUCGAAUUUAACAGAGAAAUCAUCUCUUCAUUGGAAGAAAGGUUUUGAUCGAUUUUUAUCAAGAAAAUUUCGACAACAAAGUAGUAAAUUAUCAGAAAAUAAUUUAUCUUCCUAUGGUUUCAAUACAAAUACAGAUAGUAAUGAUUAUCAUACAACUGAUGCGCUGUCUUAUGCGUAUAGCUGUUCCAAUUAUUACACUGAAAAUAAUGAUGGCAAUAAAAUGUUAUAUUUUGAUGAGAUUAGUAGUGUUUCUAGUGAAUUUGAAUUUCAUGAACCUGAACCAGUUGAUUCAAAAUUACAAAUUUUACGUGUAUUUCAAGUACCUCUGACAGAAAAUGACUUCAGUGAACCGCGUAAAUUUAAUAAAACUAUAAAUUUCAGUGAAUUUAUGACGAAAUUUAUAAAAAUACAAUCAAAUGAUCAUCAAUUUUCAAAACAGAAACACAACAUUAAAUCCUUCUCUGCAUCAUCAUCAUCAGCAGUAUUCUUAUGUAAUCAUCAUCAAGUGAAUGAUAAAUUCGCUUAUCAAAUAAAACAUCAAAAAUACAAUAGAACACGACGUCGAAUACGUGAAAAGAUACUAUUUAAAAAAGAACAAAAAACUGUACGUAUUGUAAGCAUAGUGAUUGGUUGUUUCACUGUAUGUUGGACACCAUUUUUUGUAUUUUACAUUGGUGAAGCAUUUUGUGAUUGUACAUUUUCAGAAGAAUUAUACGCUUUUGUCACAUGGUUAGGUUAUUUAAAUAGUAUAUUUAAUCCAUUUAUUUAUGGAUUUUAUAAUAAAGAAUAUGCGAAAGCAUUUAAACAGAUUGUAUUUUUGAGAAAAAAGAAAAUUUAUACAUAA